AUGGUUCUGCUGCGCUCUCUCAUCGCCAUUGCCGCCGUGGCUGGCGUUGCUCAUUCCCAGAACGAUACAUCGGCAGUAGACUCGCAAGACAUUAACACUCCCACAAAACAACAUUGGUGUCUCACCCAGACCGAAUCUUGCCGCAUCAUUUGUGACCAGGUCACAGGUGUUACAGGUGGAACCCCAGACUCAAAUGAUUGCAAUGAUAACACCCUUGUGUAUAGCUGUGUCUGCAGCAAUGGUCAAUCACCAAACACCUCCGAAUACACUCAAACGAUCCCCUACUUCCUUUGCACGGAACAGAACAACCGUUGUGUCAACGACUGCACCCAAAACGACUCGAGCUGUCAGGAUAAGUGUCGCUCCUCCAACCCUUGCGGAGCUCAACACCCUAGACCUCCGAACAAAACUUCAACCACAGUUGCAUCUACCACGUCUACCCUACAGCCGUUUACCGGGGAAGCUGGCGACGAAGGAGGUGCCAUCAAGCCAAUGAUUGAUCUUAAACCAGUGUAUGGUCUCUCCAUCGUCCUUGGGGGAUUCUUUGCCGGCUUUGCGUUUCUUCUCUAA